ACCACGCCCCUCGCUGGAGCCCAGUGUAAAGAUGGCGUCCAUCAUGGAGGGCCCACUAAGCAAGUGGACUAACGUCAUGAAAGGUUGGCAGUACCGCUGGUUUGUUUUGGACUACAAUGCCGGCUUACUCUCAUACUACACGUCAAAAGACAAGAUGAUGCGAGGAUCCAGAAGAGGCUGUGUGAGACUGCGGGGAGCUGUGAUUGGCAUUGAUGACGAGGACGACAGCACAUUCACCAUCACUGUGGACCAGAAGACUUUCCAUUUCCAGGCCCGAGAUGCAGAUGAGAGAGAAAAGUGGAUACAUGCCUUAGAGGGAACAAUCCUUCGUCACACCCUCCAACUCAGAGAAGCAGAGACUGGACUUGUUCCAAGUGUCCAAGACUUUGACAAGAAACUUACUGAAGCUGAUGCCUAUCUACAGAUUCUGAUUGACCAACUAAAGCUGUUUGAUGAGAAGAUCAAGGAUUGCAAAGAGGAUGAAUCACGCAGAAAAAUUGAAACUUUGAAAGAAACCACUUGUAGUAUGGUAGAGUCCAUCAAGCACUGCAUUGUACUGCUGCAAAUCGCAAAGGACCAAAGUAACGAUCAGCAACACGCAAAUGGAAUGAUAAGCACCAUCAACCCAGUAGAUGGAAUCUACCAACCCCCUCUGGACACUCCUGUAGUCAACACCACAAUGCCAACACAGACUACAUUACCCACAGAUGCUUCUCAGGUGUGUAAAUCGGACCAACGACCAUCCACAUUACCUGUCGGGCCCGUUGUGACGGUAAUGGGCAGUCUGCAUACCCCAACUCCCAACAGCACAGGGAGUGGUCCAUCAGGCCCCAGCAGCAGCAUCGCCUCUCCAGCUCACAUGCCCCUCCCUUCACACUCGGUGCCAGAUUUCUCCUAUUCCUCCAGUGAAGACGAGUUCUAUGAUGCUGACGAGUUCUACCAGAAUACCACUUCCCCCAAACACUGCAUAGAUCCCUCAGGGCCCCCAGCUGCCUCACCUUUCACGAAUGAAGAAGCAACAUUAAAACGACCAGACACCACAGAGUCUCUCAACUCAUCCAUGUCGAACGGCACCACAGAUGCAGAACAAUUUGAUAGCCAUGAUGACCGUGAUGAUGACGGUGAGGGAGAGUCUGUAGAGGAGCACAAGAGCAUCAUCAUGCAUCUGCUUUCCCAAGUCCGUCUAGGAAUGGACCUCACGAAGGUGGUCCUCCCAACGUUCAUCCUAGAAAGAAGAUCUUUGUUAGAAAUGUAUGCAGAUUUUUUUGCACAUCCCGACUUAUUUGUCAGUAUUGCCGAGCAGCCGGAGCCUAAGGAUCGCAUGGUUCAGGUGGUAAAAUGGUACCUUUCAGCAUUCCAUGCAGGGAGGAAAGGCUCUGUGGCCAAAAAACCUUACAACCCCAUCCUGGGAGAAGUUUUCUUCUGCCACUGGGAUCUGCCAAGUGAGUCAGAGGAUUCUUCCCUGCACACGGAGACGGUAUCAGAUGGGCCAGUUCCGUGGUCAUCGCCCAACAAUGUGUGUUUUGUGGCAGAGCAGGUCUCGCACCACCCACCUAUUUCUGCAUUCUACGCAGAGUGUUCAAGUAAAAAGAUCCAGUUCAAUGCACACAUCUGGACUAAGUCAAAGUUCCUCGGCAUGUCCAUAGGUGUCCACAACAUUGGACAAGGCUGCGUGUCAUGUUUGGAGUAUGAUGAACAUUACAUCCUCACGUUCCCUAAUGGAUAUGGCAGGUCGAUCCUGACCGUGCCGUGGGUGGAGCUGGGUGGCGAGUGCAACAUCUCCUGCUCGAAGUCGGGUUAUAGUGCUAACAUCGUGUUUCACACCAAACCUUUUUAUGGAGGAAAGAAGCACAGAAUCACUGCCGAGAUUUUUUCUCCAAAUGAUAAGAAGUCUUUCUGUUCCAUUGAAGGGGAAUGGAAUGGAGUAAUGUUUGCAAAGUGGGCAACAGGCGAGAACACACUGUUCAUAGAUACAAAGAAGAUGGGCAUCAUUAAAAAGAAGGUGAGGAAGCUGGAAGACCAGUUGGAGUACGAGUCCCGCAGAUUGUGGAAAGACGUGACACUGAAUCUGAAGCUGAAAGACAUCGAUUCUGCAACAGAAGCAAAACACCGGCUUGAGGAAAAGCAGAGAGCAGAAGCCCGAGAGAGAAAGGAGAAUGAACAACAGUGGGAGACCAGGCUGUUCCAUGAAGAUGGAGAGUGCUGGGUCUACGAUGAGCCGCUGUUAAAGAGAAUAGCCUCUCAGCGGCACUGAGGACAUUGCUUACAUGCAUAUGCAUAAAUAAGUGCACAUACCAGAGUCUUCAUAAGAACUCUCUUGCAAAACCUCUUAUUCAAGCCUUGGAUCGAAUCUGUACCGAGCUUUUGCAUUCAGCUGUAAAACAAUGUCGACAUGAAUGAAAGCUAAAUAGGGAAAACCUCUUUGUUGGAACGUGAGAAUUGUUAAAGCCCUGAUGCUGAAGUCGAACACCUCCACUGACGUCGGCCGAUACACAGCACAGACCGCAGCGCGGCGGCACCUGUCUUCGUCAGCGCCGUAGCCACACCCUUCAUUUGAUCCACAGGGAAACGCAGAGCCGCAGUGGCUGUAAGGGGAGUGUGGAUGAUGUUCAAAUCUAAUAAAUCGUGACAAAUAAAUCAGCGCUCUUCAUCUCAGGGAUUUUGAAGACUGAGGAAAGAAAGCGGCACCCCUCAAACAGUCUGACAGCCUUAUACCAGUGGAAUGGGUUCAUCUUAACAGGGUGGGGG